GUUGGGGUUGUACCCUGGGUGAAACUAGGACAGGGGGAAACUGGACCAAAGAUGAGGCACAACAUCAUAUAAACUACCUAGAGUUGUUAGCUGUCUUCUUGGCACUGAAAACCUUUGCAAACUCUUUAGCAGGAAAACAUGUAAAAGUUAUGAUUGAUAAUAUGACUGCGCUAUCUGAUAUUAAUCACAUGGGUACCAGUAAGUCAGAUUUACGUAAUGCACUUAGCAAAUCUAUGUGGCUCUGGUGUCGUGCAAGACAUAUUUGGCUUACAGCUGUCCACAUUCCUGUGGUAGAAAAUGUUGAAGCUGACCAUCAGUCUAGAAUCACCAACACUAGUGCUGAGUGGUCACUCAAUAAACAGAUAUUUUAUGAUGCAAUAUCUAGAUUAGGGGUAACACCCGAUAUAGAUCUGUUUGCUUCAAGAAUAAACUACCAAAUAGAACCAUAUGUGUCUUUCCAUCCUGAUCCAGGAGCUAUAGCUGUAAAUGCUUUCCAUAUGUCAUGGAGGAGCUAUCAACCUUAUAUAUUUCCACCGUUCUGUCUCAUUUCUAGAAUUUUACAGAAAGUCCAGGAGGAACAGUGCACUGUUGUUGUGGUAAUCCCAAGAUGGGUCAACUAAUAGCUCAACCAAUACUAUUACCGAAAACAAAGACGACACUGAUCCUCCCGAGCAAUCCGGAAGCAAUACAUCCACUGUAUCCGCAUCUAGAGCUAAUAAUCUGCCACUUGUCUGUCUUGUCCAAUUCAUCCCACUAUGUCAGAUGGAAUAAAUUUUUUAUCAUCCCUGUAUGAAUCCGGCGUCGGUCAGUUACAGCGGAAUUAAUACUGCACGAAGUGCGUUAUCCUCUAUCCUUCUACUACCAGGAAAUGUCAGUUUUGGUUCUCACCCACUUGCAACACGACUCCUUAAAGGUGUAUUCGAACUGAGACCAUCACUUCCUAAAUAUCAAGAUACGUGGGAUAUCUCUGUCGUGCUUAAAGUUCUUGAAGAAUGGAAACUUGAAGACAGUUCACUUAAGGUUUUGUCACUCAAACUGUCUAUGCUGUUCGCAAUUACAACAAGUCAGCGGCUUCAGACCCUCAAGGCAUUAUGCAUCAAUAAGAUGAACUUAAAAUCAGACCAGUGUAGUUUUGAAAUUGAUGUGUUGCUGAAAACCUCUCAGCCGGGAAAACAUCUGAACAAAGUGGUGAUAGCAGCUUAUCCGGGUAACAAAAAUUUGUGCCCGGUGCAACACUUGAGGUCCUAUUUGGAAAAAAACAUCAACAUUGAGAGGUAAACAUAUCCAAUUGUUUGUGAGCUUCUGGAAACCGCACAAUCCUGUUUCAACUGACACUCUUGCGAGGUGGAUUAAAACUGUUAUGCACAAAGCUGGAAUAAACACAGAGAUAUAUGGUGCUCAUAGCACCAGGGCGGCUUCCACUUCAGCAGCACAUAGGAAGCAUAUUGAUACCAACAAAAUCCUUGCUGCCGCAGCUAGGGUGGACUAAUGAGACCACCUUUAGUAAGUUCUACAACAAAACUAUUGUAGAUAUUACAAAGAACUAUGGCGAAGACCUAUUGUCUGCCAUCAUGAGUCAAAACUCUUGAACUAACUCCGUAACUGUUUAUUUGUACUGUUUACUGAUUUAAUAUUUUCACUAUAUACCAUUCACAUUGAUUGAGCUUCACUGUUGUGAUUUUGCUUCUAUGGGUCAUGACGCUUUGAAGUCUCACGUGACUCCUUAGCGAAAAUAACCAAUCAUGAAGUAGAAUUGAAAGUUAAACGAGACUUACCUGUAAGUUGAAGUUUGACGUAGAUUCUACGAAAUAUUGGUUAUUGAGCUAAGGAGUCAACCUUCGCUCCCAGUGUUGGGAUAUGACCUACACAUUGUAUUGCACAAUCUCCCUCCCAGGUUGUGAUGUCAUGACCCUUCUGCUUUAAAGUGUGAUCUAGCUUGCUUCGCGCGCAUAUCUCCCACGUGACUCCUUAGCUCAAUAACCAAUAUUUCGUAGAAUCUACGUCAAACUUCAACUUACAGGUAAGUCUCGUUUAACUUUCAAUUCUGCGUCAGAAAGUGAUUCUGAUAAUGUAGAUGAUACUAGUAAUGAAGUAGGUGAUGAAUACGAAAGCGAUCCAUGGGCUCCUUUAAAAGCUGAAGCAGCCCAACAAAGUUUAUCGGAAUUCGAAGAACUAGCGCAGAAUUUCACUGCAGAAGGUUUUGACGAAAACGAAGCUAAAGACAAGGCAUACUUACUUAUCCUACCAAAACUUCGUAAAAAUUUGCAGAUUAUUUAUUUGGAACGUCUACUAUGGAUAAGGGACUGGUCAUUAUUUAUGGUGGGGAGUGGCACCGAAGAGAAAAGGGUUGGGUAAACUAAAUUUUGAGUAAGUAAAAGGUUGGGUAAAUGAAAAACAAAACAACUCGAGGGUUGGGUAAUAAAAAAUUAUUGUCAUUUCCAAAGCAUGACUCACUGAAGUAUUGGGGACUAAAAAGCAAUGGCAACAGUAGGCCCUACUCUGGGGCAAUAACGAGAUAAGCAAUUUUAGGUAUGUGAUUUUAAUAAGCAAAAUCUGCAAUUUUUAAGGACUUUAAGCAAUGCGUGUUUGAGCGAUAUGAAAUGGGGGAAUGCUGUUUUAGGUGUUUAUAGAGGUAAUUUCAGGAAUAUACGUCAACUAUAUCCCUGAUGACUCCAGUGAAAUUACCAUUAACUUAUCCCAAGCACCAAACAUGAGUGUUCCCACAAAUACACACGUGUGCAGUGUAUGAAGCAAAAUAUACAAUUUGACAAGAAAAGUUGAAGUCUGCUUGAGGGGGUUCUGGUAACAAACAAUACACUGUAUGUGCAUGACGAUCAAGUGCUUCAAGGGUAAAUAAGCUAAAUAUUCAUGACUUUUUUCAUCCAUUGUCUAUUUCGAAGCCAUUGAGGUAUUGUUAAAUUCAUGACACAACUAUAUAUAUAAUACAUGACAACAUCAUAUGCAAUUGCAAAUAAUUUUCAAAGGAACAGGGUAUACAGAAUUGCAAUAUAAAACAAAUAAGUAAAUUAUACAUGUCAUGAACUUACCAGUUUGUGUUGAGUUAAAUUUAAAAAUUUUUAUGACAUCAAAUUUAUUUAUUUAUUUGCAAAUCAAAACUUAUUUUAAAAUUCUCAUGUUUUGUAUUGUGCCCGCAAUAUAUUAAUGGUAUUAACCGCUGUAAAUAUGAUAUACAAUUUAAAAUUUUUAAUAAUUAGUACAUUAUUACAUUUGCACUCAAAAGUUCAGGAAGUGAGUUUCUAGAAAGGAUGAAAACUCCGUUUUAUAUAUGGUGUAUAAAAGGUAAUCGUUGUUCACUGUUUAUUUUGUAUUCAGGUAUGGGGAAUUUAAGCGAUGAUAGUUGCAAAACUUGCAAAUGUAGACUGAUUAGUUUCUUUGACGUCAUCAUGCAACUAUAUAAUAUUGUGCUACAUUCAUUAUUCAAUUUAUUCACAGCAAUUAGCCUUCUAUAAACCAUACAAAUGAUUAUUGCUUGUAGCCCACCUUGCCUUUAACAUUAAUCCUAUAUAAUGAAUUAAUAUAACUAACUUGAUUAUGUUGCUAGUCGAUUAUGGGACCUAUGGGUCUUUUAUAUCAACACAAGUGGAAAAUGGGAAAAUGAGAAAUUAAUUGUGUUGAAAACACGACGCCCGAAAAAAUAUAGCACAUAGACAUAUAAAGAAAGAAAUUUUCCGACAUUUCUGUGUUGACAUUGAGUUAUAUCAACACGGCUCUUAGCCAAUCAGCAUUCAGAAUUUACAAAUGCUAUAUUAUAAAAUCUGUUAUCAAACUUAUGUCACAGAAGUG